UGACUUGGCUGGUAUCAUUGAUCUGCCAUUUUGUAUCUCCACAGUCCGGUCAGAAAGAAGCCGACCGUUGGCGAAGAAGAACCAACAAAUAUGCGAGUUUAGACGGUGUUUUGUUUUGUUUUUUUUAAUUACAGCGUUGCUUUAAAGUGUAUUAAAGUGUGAUUUCUGUGUUUAGGUAGCGGAGUUCUCGGUCGACUCACUGUUUCCUGCCCGGUUUGUUGGAGAGCUAACGACGUUAGCCGGCUAGCCCUGCUAGCUUAGCGUUAGCUUUCUGACGCUAACUGAAAUCUGUAGCGAAAUGGCAGCCAACACGACACAAGCAGCCCCUACAACUAACUGGUCCUACGGUUCCGCUGGAGACAACCAGGUCCAUGAAAACCCGGAAUGGGAGAAAGCAAGACAAGCUUUAGCGUCUAUUAACAAGAGUCAGACCUCUGCUAAAACCACACAAGCCAACCGGACUACAGCAGAGGCCGGCCAGUUUCAGCCAGCGGUGUCUGACUCUGCAGCCAUGCAGCAGCAGCAGCAGUACUACCCGUGGUACCAGCAGACUCAGCAGCAUUAUCCUGGAUACACCUACCCCUAUAACUACUACUACCCCAUGGGUCCAUAUGGAGGCGCGUAUCCACCCAAUCAGUACGGUGUCCCUCCAGGUCCAUAUGCAGGAACUCCAGCCUCUAACGGACAGCCUCCCCCGGUGCCUGGAACUGAAGACCAGUCUCCCAGCUACCCCUCCCAGCCUCAGCCUCCUCCCCCAGCUGCCCCCCAGCCCCCACAGAGCCCCACCACCUCAGAGAAGCCCCCUCCUCCUCCUCCUCCACCCAUCCCUCCACCACCCAACUCCCAGUACCCCCCGCCUCCGUCACAGAACGCUUACGGCGCCGGCAGCUCCAUGCCGUACCCCCCCGGCGACCCCAGCCAGAUGCAGGUCUACAGUCAUUCCCCGGGACGGCCCAGCUACAGCCAGGGCUUCCAGCAGGCCCAGAACUCCUACCAGCCCCCCCAGAACAGCUCCCAGCAGCAGCCGGGUCAGUACGGGCCUGGACUGGGCCGAGGAGACGCCAACAAGAGCAAGAACCAGAAACAAGGACAGCAGCUCUGGCACCGCAUGAAACAAGCCCCUGGGACAGCUUCUGUGAAGUUCAAUAUUCCCAAGAGGCCUUAUCAGGUCCAGUGUUCCCCGAUGACCAAUCAGGCGUUCGCUCAGGGCGACCAGAAUCAGACGUCUUCUACUGCAGCGACCAGCAGCGCUGCAGCUGGAGGAGCUCAGACACGACCCCAGGACUGGCCUCAAGCCAUGAAGGAGUACGUGCAGCGCUGCUUCACCGCCUGUGAGACGGAGGAGGACAAGGACCGCACGGAGAAGGUGCUGAAGGAGGUUCUGCAGGACCGGCUGAAGGACGGCUCUGCUUACACCAUCGACUGGACCCGAGAGCCGCUGCCAGAACUGAAGGUCAAACAGUCUCGUUGGGAAAGCGUCCCGGCCCAGAGGACGUCCGACGGCUCCGUUAGCCGAGGAGGAAGCUCGGCGGCUGCAGCCUCCAGAGGCAGAGGUCUGGGACACAGACUGGGACACUACAGGAACAUCUUCUCUCAGAGGAGUCCGUCUUCCAGCUCGUCCCGGUCCUCGUCCCGCUCGCCGUCGCCGUCUCACAGCCGACACAGAGACCGCAGCAGCCAGAGACACAGACGCAGUGAUUCAGGCUCACAGUCAGACAGCAGCAUCUCCAGCGACCUGCGACCUCAGCUGUCCAGACGGAGUCAGAAAGGAGGACGUGGACGUGGAAAUGACAGAGACAGAGGACGUGGAGCUGGAGAGAGAGGACGGGGACGGGGAGGGAAAGCCAACAGAGGACGGCGGAACAUGGACGAUUCCAACUCGACUGUCGGGAAGAAGAGGAAAGGGGGGAACGCCGGGCUGGACUUCCACGACCCGAACCGGGAGGCGAAGAAGCAGAGCAGAGCGGCUCGUUUCCACAAGCAGCUUCGCUCAGAGCCUCUGGUUCUGUCCAUCAACGCCCUGGACCUCCCCGACGGGACUCAGGAGGGCCUCAGCUGGGAGGACUGUCCCAUCGUAGGAACCUGUCAGGACAUCACCAAGCACUACCUGAGGCUCACCUGUGCACCCGACCCGUCCACAGUGCGCCCCGUCCACGUGCUGAGGAAGUCUCUGCAGGCUGUGAAAGCUCACUGGCAGACCCACCAGGACUACGCCUACGCCUGUGAGCAGAUGAAGUCCAUUCGACAGGACCUCACGGUUCAAGGAGUUCGUACCGACUUCACAGUGGAAGUGUACGAGUGUCACGCUCGCAUCGCUCUGGAAAAGGGGGACCAUGAGGAGUUCAACCAGUGCCAGACCCAGCUGAAGGCCCUCUACAAGGACAACCCCUCAGAGAACAUCGGGGAGUUCACGGCAUACAGACUGCUGUAUUACAUCUUCACUAAGAACUCUGGAGACCUGACCACUGAGCUGGUCUAUCUGACUCCGGUCCUCAGGGCAGACGAGUGCGUGGCUCAUGCUCUGGCUCUGAGAGCCGCCUGGGCGCUGGGAAACUACCACCGCUUCUUCAAGCUCUACCUGGAAGCCCCUCGCAUGGCUUCCUACCUCAUCGACAAGUUUGUGGAGAGAGAGAGGAAGGCGGCGCUGCGGGCCAUGGUCAAAACGUUCAGACCCGACCUGCCGGUGCUCUACGUCCAGUCCUCUCUGGGCUUCACCUGCUCAGACUCCUGCAUGGCCUUUUUAACGGGGCUCGGGGUCGCCUUCAGCCCCUCUGACCCCUCAAAGAUAGACUGCAAGACCAGCUCAGCCUGUUUAGCCGCCUCCUGAGGGCCGUAGAGCGGGGUGGGGGGGCAGGACCAGACGGGACCAGAUCCUCACACACCUCACAUAGAGCAGAGGGAGGCCAGACACACACUAGUGCCAGCCAGACAUCCAGGGGGGGUCAGAUCACGCAGUGUAACGGCCAGCCAGCCAGCAGGGCUCAGAUCAGGGCUUCCUGUUCCUUUAAAGCUAACAGUGUUCUGUUAUGUUCUUUCCCUCCUCAAGUCAGCAGCUCAAAGACCCGAAGACUCAAGUCCGACCCUAAGGAGGGAGCAAACGGCUUCUUCUUCUUCUCCUCUGAGUCUCAAGUCACUGGAGUCACGACAAGGAGUUUCCCUCUUAGAGACUGUGAGGAGUGAGACCGGAGAGGAGCUGGUUUGUAUGAAUCCUGGAAGGCUGCUCGUCUUUUUAUCCUCUGAGAGACUGAAAGCUAAAGUUCAUGAAAUGUCCGACCGGCAGCAGCAAGAAGAAGAAAAGCAGAGACUUUAUGAGAUCAAAGUUCCUGGAAGAUUCAUCAUCACCAUGGUCGUCGUCAGGUGGAAGCUCCUGAAGCUCCGCCUCCGUCUGCCUCACCUGGAGGAGACUUGUGGUCCAUGAGGAGCUGUCAGGUGGUUUGUAUGAGGCUCUGGUGUCUGCAGGCUGGUAAGACAAAGAGACUCUGGGAGGACGGAGACAAACGCUCUGCUUCCUGUUUUAGUGUUUGUGUGUUUACCUGACGCCAGUGUUCCCAAACGCUCCAAUCAUCGAAUCCCAUUAAAUCCUAGAGAACUCAGAUCAGUAUUUAAACGAAUCAGUGCUUUAGUAAAGAGGGAUCCUUCAUGAAAUCUGUCCCCUACAAGCUGCCGUUUGAUUUGUACCGAGCUGGCAGCGGUUUUUAGUGCAAACACUGGUGAUAAAUGUGAGAUUAUCGCUGAUUAAAGCUGUUUAGGUGUAACUCAGUGUUAUUGAGCAAUCCAGAGUCUAUUUUUGUAAACAUGGUACCGUCCCCACCGUGCUUUCCUUUGACUAGUCGCUGCUUUCGGUGGGUAAGUGCGACUCCUAGCCGGGGGGUUCUGGUCCGACCAGAGCAGUGAUGCUAACGGCUAAAUGAUCUCAACCUGUCUUCCUCUCUUCCUCCCCUCCAUCCCGCUCCCUUCCCCUCCACCCCUCCAUCCCAAACAUCUUCAGCUCGGAGCUCCACCGCUCUGCAGGAGCUCCACGGAGGGACGAUAAACCGGCCGGGCGAACCUGGUCCAGACGCCCGGAGACACAGAGGAAGUCACACGGAGCCUCCACUCAAACUCUAGAGGCUGUUGUUCUCCUGAAAGCUGUUUUAUUAGAGAACCAAACGUGUGCUGUCGGGUUCUGUGAGUCCAGAAGCAUCUAAACGUGCUGAAGGACCUCUUCUUCUUCUUCUUCUUCUUAUUUCACUGUUUAUUAGAUUCUUCUUCACUGGUUGUUUUUGGUCCUUCAGCUUCGAUGCGUCCGGACCUACAGAACAAACAUCUAGCUAGGUCUGCCACCACUGUGUCGGGUUUUUCAGGACGUUUGCUUUGUUGUUUAUUUGUUUUUUUGUUGUUUUUUUUUAAUUUAUUUACUGCUGAAGUUCCACCCGGACCACUAACAGAAACACAUUUAGUUCCUGUUUCUUCUGUAUUUUGUUGUAAAAACCUCCAUCAUCAGUCUGUAACUUCCUCUGAAGAACCUCCUCCUCCUCCUCCUCGUCUUCAUCUCGUUUCUUUUAACUCCGUUUGGAUCCGUCUCCUCUCUGUUCUGCUUCUCCUCCUGCAUGACGUCCUCCUCCUCUAACAGUAUCUCCUCCUCCUCUUCUCCUCAUUCUUCUGUUUUCCGUUGAGUAUUCUGACUAGUAAGUAUUUAUCUUCUGGGUCUGCAGUGCUUCAUAGUUUACGUUGCAGCUCACUAACAACCCAAGCUGAAGGUUUAUCUUCCUCCUCCUCUUCCUCCCCUCAUCCCUCAUCUGAUCUGACCAACUGCCGUUCUGUAAAUACCGUGUACAUAUUUACCUUUUGGAAAAAAUCUAAUAAAAGUCCAGCAUAAAGAGCA